AAAAAACUCUAAAUGUGAUCAAUUAAGUAGAAAUCUUGAGUUCCGUAUAGAGUUUGGUAAAAUUCGGUCUGAGAUUCAAUGAGUGUUGCAAUAGCAAACUGUAUUAAUCAUGUUGUGUGAGUGCCACUUCUUCGCUUGGAACAAAGCCAACACAACUAUGAUAACGUUAUUUGUUAAACGCAAUGCUGAUAAGACCAAGUUACUUGGCCACCAUUAGGGCGGGCCUGGGCCCAGCGAAAUAAGGCAUCGGAAGUUCGUAUUAUUACCGAUUGAGUGUGAUUUAUAGUAGUGUUGACUCAGCAUCGUUUACUAUUGUAGCAGGUGAAAACAUUUCAUAAUGGGCAUUGGCUAUGGAACUGCCGACGAGCAGCUGGAGAAACAAAUCGGCUGCGUGAAGUACACGCUCUUCUGCUUCAACAUUAUAGCCUGGAUGAUAUCAACGGCGCUGUUUGCGUUGACCGUUUGGUUGCGGGCCGAGCCGGGCUUCAAUGAUUGGCUGCGCAUACUGGAGGCGCAGUCCUUUUACAUUGGCGUCUAUGUGCUGAUCGCCAUUAGCAUAAUCAUGAUGGCUGUCAGCUUCCUGGGCUGCCUUAGUGCGCUUAUGGAAAACACGUUGGCUCUCUUUGUAUUCAUUGGCACGCAGAUAUUUGGUUUUAUUGCCACGGUUAUCGGCUCGGCUAUAUUGCUGCAGUACAGCACAAUUAAUUCGAGUCUGCAGCCGCUGCUGAAUGUCUCGCUGAGGCGAUUUGUGUCAACAUCUGAGUACACCUACUCCAACUACGUGCUGACCAUGAUACAGGAGAAUAUUGGCUGCUGCGGUGCCAGCGGACCGUGGGACUAUUUGGACUUGCGCCAACCAUUGCCCAGCUCGUGCCGCGACACUGUCAGUGGCAACGCCUUCUUCAGUGGCUGCGUGGACGAAUUGACCUGGUUCUUCGAGGGCAAAACUGCCUGGAUUGUGGGACUGGCCAUGAUAAUGGCAAUGCUAUCGGUGAUCUGCGGCGUUAUGAGCUUUGUGCUGGUCCAGGCCGUCAAAAAGGAAGAAGAGCAGGCCAGCAACUACAGACGCUAAAAGCCAAUACCAGCUUAUUGGAUAGCUAAGUUUAACAGCCUAGAACUGCCUGGGCGAGUGUAGAGUGCAACGAGUUAUAUGCAUCGUUAAUAGAUCUUAAGUUUUCAUUUCGAACAAUAAGUACGUUAAUAAACCAGGAGAAUAAAGCCCCCUUUGGCCUAUUAAAACUCCAACAUUAUG